CAAAUAUCGUUAACCCGCCAAACCAAACUCUUCUUCUCUUUCCGUUACACAAAACCUCUUCUCUAUAAAUAUCUUCUUCAACCGAAUUCAAUCCCCACGCAAUUUGCACAGCGUCAGAUUUACGCACAAUGACGAAGCGGAAAGCAAGCCCUAUCGAUGACGGAGCUUCCACCUCUACCAAUGCUCAUAGGAGAACUGUACGUUCGAAGCCUCAAUCAGAGCCUCAGUUCUUCCAAGAGCAACGUGAAUUGGAGGAUUUGUGGAAGCAGGCCUUCCCUGUUGGUACAGAGUGGGACCAGAUUGACUUGCUCUUGAAACACAACUGGAAUUUCUCAAAUUUGGAAGAUGCAUUUGAAGAGGGUGGGAUAUUACACGGGAAGAAAGUCUACAUCUUUAGCUGUACAGAGCCACAGGCUAAAUCAAUAGCCACCUUGAUACCUGUAGUGAUUGUGGUUGUGUCUCCAUAUCCACCUUCUGAUAAAAUUGUAUGUACCUCCGUACAAAUGGCGUCUGAAGAAAUUAUUGACAUGAAGCGGAUGAAAAUGGAUUGGGUUCCAUACAUUCCAUUAGGAAAACGGGAUUCUUCAGUUGAAAGACUUAAAACACAAAUAUUUGUACUUGGUUGUGUCCAAAGAAGGGCUGGUUUAAAACAUUUGAAGCUAGAGCGCGUCAAGAAGUUUGAAUACUGCAUACCAUACAUUUAUAACCCCUUAGAGGAAGAUGAGACUGAACAGAGUACUAUUGUUGAUAUCCUGUAUCCAGCCGAGCCAGAGCCUGUUUUCUGUCAGUUUGAUUUGGAUAUGGAUGAACUUGAGGAGUUCACUAAUGAGCGAAUUUCUGCGGAGGAGUUGUCUGAAGAUCAGAGCGAUGACUUCAAGGAAUUUGUCAGCAAAAAGGUUCUAGAAAGAAAGAGAGCUAAUCAUGAGGAAAGGGUAAGGAGAAGGAUAGCACGAGAGCAACUGAGUGCAGAGAGAGUGGCUGCAUUUCAGAAUAUGAAGUUUUACAAAUUCUAUCCUGUUGCUACACCUGAUACCCCGGAUAUAUCUGGCGUCAAGGCAGCAUUCAUAAAUAGGUAUUAUGGCAAGGCACAUCAAGUAUUCUGAGCACAGGAAAGUAGCAAGUUUCAUAUCUUUCUCUAGUUACAGGAUUUUGAGUUUUGAAAUUUUAGAAUAUUCAAGCAAGGACAAGUGGUUGCAGGACAAGUGAAAUUUCAAGUUAGAGGAUUUGUUACCGUUAUCUUUUCUUUUUGCCAUUGAAUUACGGAUAACUCAUUCCCUGCUACUAUUUUUUUUUUCAAAGGUACCUAAUUCUACUAUUUGAAAGCCUUAAUGUUGAUAUGAAUUGCUUGACCUUCGGGUAA